AUGGCACUUCGGAGCCAGAAUGGAACUGCCAACUCCUCUUACACCGAAUUUCUCCUGCUUCCAUUUCCGGGCAUCCAGGAAUCCAGAUACCUCCUUGCCAUUCCCUUCUUCUGCUUAUUUGUUAUUAUUGUCACAGCAAACUCUGUCCUGAUCUACACCGUGAAGGUAGAAGCCAGCCUCCACUCCCCAAUGUACCUUCUCAUUGCUCUACUCUUUGCAGUCAACAUCUGUGGGACUUCAACCAUCCUUCCCAAAAUGCUACUGAGUUUUGUGUUCCACGCCAGCCGCAUCUCCUUGACCGGCUGCCUUGUGCAAAUGUUCUUCCUCUAUUUUACGACUGUCCUAGAUUGCAGCAUUCUUCUCAUGAUGGCGCUGGACAGGUAUGUCGCCAUCUGCCACCCACUUCGCUACACAGACAUCAUGAGCAACAGACUUCUGAUCUUUCUAACUUUUGCUUCCUUGGUUCGGAGCCUCUCCAUAGUUGGCCCUGUGGUGAUCUUGGCUUCGCGGGUGAGGUUCUGCCGCUCCAACGUCAUCAGCCAUUUUGCCUGUGAACACAUGGCUCUCAUGAGGUUGUCCUGCAGUGACAUCUCAAUCAAUAAGAAAGUAGGGAUGGCUAUGAGAUGCGUUGACAUGAUAGUGGAUCUUAGUUUCCUUCUAGCUUCCUACAGCAAAAUUAUCCACACGGCUUUGAAGAUCUCGUCUGGCAAUGUCCGGCACAAAGCCUUCCACACCUGUGGCACACACCUGAUCAUCAUCUUCAUCGGCUAUUCCUCCCGUCUCUCUUCUUCCAUCGUCUUCCGUGUAGCCAAGUCUGCCUCGGAAGAUGUCCACAAUCUGCUUAGCGCCAUCUACCUGCUGUUCCCCUGGGCUGUCAACCCCAUUAUCUAUGGCGUAAGAACCAAAGAAAUCAGGGACAAACUCUACAAACUCUUCAAGAAAAAAUGGCCUCCCCUUAGGCAACAUCUGUGA